CCGAUCCGUGACGUACUUCCGCUUUGCUGGGCGCGCGGUGGACGGUCUGAAACGUAGAGCUUGGCUUUCGCUGUGGUUUCGCGGCUCGGGAGCUCAGCAUGGCUACCUCACGAGCUUCCUCCACGGCAACCAAAACUAAGGCACCUGAUGACUUAGUUGCUCCUGUUGUGAAGAAACCACACAUCUAUUAUGGAAGUUUGGAAGAGAAGGAGAGGGAGCGUCUGGCCAAAGGAGAGUCUGGGAUUUUGGGAAAAGAAGGACUUAAAGCUGGAAUUGAAGCAGGGAAUAUUAACAUAACCUCUGGAGAGGUGUUUGAAAUUGAAGAGCACAUCAGUGAACGACAGGCCGAAGUGUUAGCCGAGUUUGAAAGAAGAAAGCGAGCCCGGCAAAUCAAUGUUUCCACUGAUGACUCAGAGGUCAAGGCUUGCCUUAGGGCCUUGGGGGAGCCCAUCACACUUUUUGGAGAGGGUCCUGCUGAAAGAAGAGAAAGGUUAAGAAAUAUCCUCUCAGUAGUUGGUACUGAUGCCUUAAAAAAGACCAAAAAAGAUGAUGAGAAAUCUAAGAAGUCCAAAGAAGAGUAUCAGCAAACCUGGUACCACGAAGGACCAAACAGCCUGAAGGUCGCUAGACUGUGGAUUGCUAAUUAUUCACUGCCCAGGGCAAUGAAACGCUUAGAAGAGGCCCGUCUCCAUAAAGAGAUUCCUGAGACAACCAGGACCUCCCAGAUGCAAGAGUUGCACAAAUCUCUCCGGUCUUUGAAUAAUUUCUGCAGUCAGAUUGGGGAUGAUCGACCUAUCUCCUACUGCCACUUUAGUCCCAAUUCCAAAAUGCUGGCCACAGCUUGUUGGAGUGGGCUUUGCAAGCUCUGGUCUGUUCCCGAUUGCAACCUUCUUCACACUCUUCGAGGCCAUAACACAAAUGUAGGAGCAAUUGUAUUCCAUCCAAAAUCCACUGUUUCCUUGGACCAAAAAGAUGUCAAUCUGGCCUCUUGUGCUGCUGAUGGUUCUGUGAAGCUUUGGAGCCUUGACAGUGAUGAACCAGUGGCGGAUAUUGAAGGCCAUACAGUGCGUGUGGCUCGUGUAAUGUGGCAUCCAUCAGGGCGUUUCUUGGGCACCACCUGCUAUGACCGCUCAUGGCGCUUAUGGGAUUUGGAGGCUCAAGAAGAGAUCCUGCAUCAGGAAGGCCACAGCAUGGGCGUGUAUGACAUUGCCUUCCAUCAAGAUGGCUCUUUGGCUGGCACUGGGGGACUGGAUGCAUUUGGUCGUGUUUGGGAUCUGCGCACAGGACGGUGUAUCAUGUUCCUAGAAGGCCACCUGAAGGAAAUCUAUGGAAUAAAUUUCUCCCCCAAUGGCUACCACAUUGCAACCGGCAGCGGUGACAACACUUGCAAAGUGUGGGACCUUCGACAGCGGCGUUGUGUCUAUACCAUCCCUGCCCAUCAGAACUUAGUGACUGGUGUCAAGUUUGAGCCUAUCCAUGGGAAUUUCUUGCUCACUGGUGCUUAUGAUAACACCGCCAAGAUCUGGACCCACCCAGGCUGGUCCCCACUGAAGACUCUGGCUGGCCAUGAAGGCAAAGUGAUGGGCCUAGACAUUUCUUCUGAUGGGCAACUCAUAGCCACUUGCUCAUAUGACAGGACCUUCAAGCUCUGGAUGGCUGAAUAGGCAAGACCAUGGACAAAGGACUAACUUCAAGCUCUUCCUUAGGAGCCAUUUUCAAAAAAGAAAGGAAUUGAUUUGUUUCGUUCUAUCAUGUUUUUUGCCAAUUGCCAUGUAUAGGCCCUCAAAAGAAUUUGAUUUCCAGGUCAGCCUCCACUCCAGGUGGGCAGCCCAAUCUCUGGGUGUUGAUGAACCCCUUUCGUAGUUGAAAUUUUUAUUUUCAUCUUCAAGCCCUGCCACGGACCGUGUAGACAUUGUGGUUAUUAAUCUUUUAUUUGAAUGCCCUGUUGCCUCCUUCACAGCACUCAGGAUUGUGACUGGCUCCUUUUUUAAUUUUGAAACUUGGCUUUCCAUUACAUGGUACAUGCUUCAGGACUACAUGUGACCCACGAGCAACGCAGCUGAGCUGUAGUCUGGAAGCCCUCAAGUAAAGGGGCACUCCUUGCUACACACUGGUUAACUCUGCCUUGACAGAGUGGAAACCUUUCCUCUGCCUUGAGAACAGGAGACGAAGAGGUGGACCACAGCUAUGCUCAGGGUGAUGGAGUAAAGAAGAUUUUACCUCUUCCUGUUGAGUUUGCUUGGAAUGCUAACCACAUCAGGAAGUUCAGAACUGAAUAUUUGCCCUGUUCGAAAAUGUCUUUCAUUUUGCUUUGAAGUUUGGCAAUUUUUGUUACCCCAAAGCUAGGCCAUUGUGCCAAGAGGCAAUGGAAUUUCUAGAAAGCAAACAUGAAAUCUCUGUUGUGCCACCUCCUUUGUAUUGAUUAUUCAGAGGAUGUACCUUUCAUGCCAGGGUAAUUGGGAAAAAUCCCAAAGGGGUAUUCCUCAACAUCAACUUCUUUUUUCUUUAUUAUGCAUUUGCUACAGAGUAAAAUCCUAUUAUAAAAAUGUCCUUUAAAGACUUAUUUUAUAUAGUUAGGCAUUUUCUGAAUCCCAGUCAUUGGUCCAUGGACGUUCCCCUUUUUUUUGAUUUGAGGUAUAACAGAUGCUAUCAAAUGUGGCUUACUCCAGUUUUUCUCUUCUUAAUAAGCACGCUGCUAAUAUUUCUACUGCCUUGUAGGCCUGACUAUUAGCAAACUGGGUCUAGGCUCUGCAAUUCGUACUCAUUGGCUGUGCAGCAGUCACCUUCACCUCUUCCACCCCAAAUACACAACUGCUGAACACAAAGUACGCAGUAAACUCUGAUAGAAAUACAGGAAUUUGGAAGAAGAAAGGAUUGCAUGUAGAGAAAUGGAGUAGGGUUUAUAUGAUGGCUUUUUUUGAAUGUUCAAAACACUUCAUUUGCUGUUCCAGAGAGGCUGACAGUGGCUUAGUCCAACUCUGUCCUGCAAACUAUAAAUGUGUGAUAGGAUAGCUAAAUAAUCUCUUUUGUUUAAUUUUAAUUAUUGCCAAAUAGUUGGCUAUUUUGGGUCUUGGUUAAGCUUCUGAAUUAUCACCUCUGCCCUCUGUUGGGCAUUUUAGCACUUCGCUAUCGUUUAAGUAUUAGUGGGUUCUAUUUCCUCCAUAGUUGGCCAUGAAAAAUAAUUUUUUAUUAUUAACUUUUAUAGGAUGUGUAAAGUAAUAAUGAACAUUUGUGUAUUACCAUGCAGUCUGGAUAUAAUGUAUUAACAAAGGUUUUUAGAUUUUCAAGUUUAAAUUUUUACUAUUCCAUUAAACUUUUUUUUUUUUUGUUGUUCCAAGAAGUUUAUAGAGAUAGCAAUCAGGUGAACACAUUUCAUGUAAACCUUUGGCAAAACCAUGCCCUUGUGGAAUAUACAUUACUUCAUUGUAGGGAGGCAGUUAGCUGAGCAGCAAAAACCAAAUGUAGCAUUUCAUAAUGGGAGAAUCAGAGCCACCACUUAAAAGGAUACUUCCCGCCUAAAGACUGUGCCAGGUAUGUUAGAUUCCUCAUUUAAUCCUCCCAAUCUUCUGAGUUAAGGCAUAUUCCCUUUUUACAGACAAAAUCGAAGCUCAGAGAAGUUAAGUAACUUGUUCAGGUUUACCCUGUCAGUGAGUGGUAGAGCCUGGUGUGUCUGUGAACCUAGGAAGAGAUUUCAUAGAGCUUUAUUGAGAAUGUUGGUAGCACUGGCCAGGCAGAAUGACCAGUCCCGCCAACAUGGCCUGUUUCCUAUACAGUGCCAGAGCUUUUUAGCCCUUCUGUCUGUGACACCUCCCUUGUGAUGAGCCACAGCAUCUUAGUCUGACUUCAUGCCAAAAGGAGUCAUGGGAUUUCACCACCUCUACCUCAUGAACUAAUAAGGCACCUGUUGUGUUACUCAGCAGGAAACUGUUUGCAUCUUGGGAUAGAUGUUUUGUUGUGUGGAACUGUCUUAGGCAUUGCAGCAUGUCUCAGCGUCCCUGACCUGUGGAGUAAUAAAAGCCAGAGGCACAACCACCUCCCUUCAUUGGAAUACUA